ACAGGAAGACGCGCGCGUCACGGAAUCCACUGACUCUCUUCAGUCAAAUCCGCGCUCGCAUCAUAUCCAGAGAUGUGCCCACAUCGCCUCUGGCGCGCGUUUGCUCUCCUCUAUUUGCCGUUUUUGGGAAGCGCCAUUGAUUUUAAAACGCGGACGGGACCGCGAGUGACGGACAAGGUGUUUUUUGACAUCACCGUCGGAGGACACGAGGUUGGCAGGAUCGUGAUCGGUUUGUUCGGAGAGGUCGCUCCGCUGACCGUGCAGAACUUUGUGGCUCUUGCCACAGGAGAGAAGGGUUACGGGUACAAAGGCAGCAAGUUCCAUCGGGUUAUCAAGGAUUUCAUGAUCCAAGGAGGAGAUUUCACCGCUGGAGACGGAACAGGAGGUAAAAGCAUCUACGGAAGCACGUUUGCAGAUGAGAGCUUCAGGCUCAAGCAUCUGGGCGCAGGUUGGGUCAGCAUGGCGAACGCCGGACCCGACACCAACGGCUCGCAGUUCUUCAUUACUUUAGCCAGAGCGCCGUGGCUGGACGGAAAACACGUGGUGUUUGGCAAAGUCCUGGAGGGGAUGGCUGUGGUUCACACCAUCGAGCUCCAGGACACGAACGAUCGUAACCUGCCCUACACCGAGUGUGUGAUCGUCAACAGCGGCAAGAUCAAGCUCAAAGAGCCCUUUGUUGUGGAAGUGGAGGGAUGGUGAACGUCAGAUUUCUGUCUUCAUGUGUUCAUAUCGUGACGGUUGAGUUGUGCUGCGACUGCUUCCUCCAUCGUAUCAUCAUUCGAUUCUUCUCUUACUAUGCAGGCACUUUUUCUACGGAGAAAUCACACGAUCAUAUGUGUGUAUGUUUCACACUCUUUAUCAUGCUGUAGGACGGUUUACUGCAGAAAUCAACGACACACGCGUUUAUUACGAUCCUCUGAGUGCCAUAAAACACACAUAUUGAAAUUAGUUUGAAAUCUCGACUAUUUGAAUUAUGACAUGUAGAAACACAAAUAAGCUAUUAGAAUAAUAGUCUUUUAUUUUAAGAAAAGAUGUAAAUAUGGUUCAUUUUGACCUUGUUUUGCAUUCAUAUUUGUGACCCUGGAGCACAAAACCAGUCAUAAGGGUCAAUUUUGUGAAAUUGAGA